UGCUCCAACUGCGGGACCACCAACACCCCCCUGUGGAGACGCGACGGCGACGGCAAGCUCAUCUGCAACGCCUGUGGUAAGCACUCCUUCAGACCUUGUCUUUCCUUAGGGGGCGUGACGAAGGGCCGCGGGCCUGUCGGCGCACUUGCGUGCGCGAAUUGUGGGACGAGCACGACGCCGCUGUGGAGGCGCGACGAUGUGGGUAAUAAUAUCUGCAAUGCUUGCGGUCUGUAUUACAAGCUCCACGGCACACACCGCCCGAACUCGAUGAAGAAGACGGUGAUCAAGAGGCGGAAGCGCGUCCCGGCGGCU